CAGGCUCUGCUAUAUAUAUAUAUAUAUAUGUAAGAAAGACAGGCUGAUCAGCUCAAUCAGAACAUUAAUCAUCGCCUAGAAAAAAAUAUGGAAGGAAUUUGUAUUUCUCGUGUACAUGAAGAAUACACUGAAAAAUCCACCACAGAGAAGAAGCUUAAGCUCUUCGGUAUUGAGCUCGAUUCUUCGUCUCAUGAGGCGCAUAAAGGGUUGCCGGAAGUAGGUGAAGAAAGCAUCAACUCGUCGGCUUCUGGCUCCGGUAAGAGCUCGGGCGACGGUGAUCAUCGGAUGGCCGAAGAGAAGAAGUUUGAGUGCGGGUACUGUUUCAAAGUGUUUGCUAACUCACAGGCAUUGGGGGGUCACCAGAACGCCCACAAGAAAGAGAGGAUGAGGAAAAAGAGGCUUCAGCUUCAAGCAAGAAAGGCCAGCAUCAAUUAUUACAUUCAGCCCUAUUACAAUAGUCAUAAGAAUAUUAACGUUAACACUUGUUCUGAUUACUAUGGUUCUAAUGUUAAUCCUGCAUGGAUCUAUGAUCCAUCACCUAAUCAGAUCAUCAGUUUUGGUCCUUAUGGUCCAGAUCCCGACAUGAAUGGUUCUAAUGUCUUGAGAUGGGACGUCGAUGAGCUACCUGCAGAUCGCGUCCCGUUUCGACACGAUGCACACAGGUUUAGUCUAACGGAGGUGGAUAGAUCAUCGAGAGAGAAGUCCAGGCCUCUCAUGACCUGCAAGUCUUCGUCUUUGCCUAAUUCAAAGAAGAGUUGUAAUAGAAAAAGUUUGGAUCUUCAGUUAGGUUUAGGUUUAUUAUAAUAUUCUUGCAUUUGAAAUAUCUCAACUACGUACUGAAGGGAUAUAUGCAUAUAAUUAUAUACUUUGUUAAUUAAUUUUUUACAAAAUCCUCCAUGUUUU